AAUGCUGGUUAUUGAUUCUGGCUAUCCUCCACUUACUGGUACAGCCACAGUCAAAAUUACAAUUGGAGAUGUCAAUGAUAAUUUGAUGAAACCAGGAAAAAAGACUGUACUGGUUUACAAGCAUCAGGAUCAAACUCCAGAAACAGAUAUUGGAAGGAUACACAUAGAAGAUCCUGACGAUUGGGACCUACCUGAUAAGAAAUUCUACUGGGCAAAAUAUCAGCAUCACCAAAGAUUUAAAGUUGAUGAAGAUACAGGGAUGGUGACCAUGAGAUCAAAUACACCAGAGGGAAAAUACACUCUGAUGUUCAGAGUGUCAGAUCGAAGGCAUUCACAGCAAAAUGUCUCAGCGAUUAUGAUUGUCACAGUAAAGAAUUUGGCACAUAGUUCUGUCAGAAACUCAGGAUCAAUGCAAAUUUCUGGGGUAUCUGCUGAAGACUUCAUUAGAGAGUGGCAGUAUAUGUAGGGUACACAGAUGAGUAAGGCUCAACAUCUUACAAAUGUAUUGGCAGAAAUACUCAGCACUGAUGAAAGAAAUGUGGAAAUAUUUAGCAUUAGGCAACAAGGGAAACAGCCACCUCUGCUAGAUAUUUUCUUUUCUGUCAAUGAUCCAAAGCUUCACAGGCGUGAAACAAUAACUGGACUCCUACAAGUGCACAAAGAAGAGAUUACAAGAAAAAUUGGUCUUAAUAUAGUCCUCAUUGGUAUAAACCACUGUCUAGUUCAUGAGACAAAAUGUGAGGGUCCAUGUACAAACAGCU